AGAGAAAGAGGAUUAAUCGGCCGUUUGCUUUCCCUUACCGUUUCUCCAAUACAUACUGUAUUUGAUUCGAAUAAGCUAGAAUCAAUAAAUAAUAAUAAACUAUGUAUUAUCAUUAUUAUUAUUAUUAUAUACAAAUCAGUCGGCAACAAGAGAGGAAAAUCGCGACAUCGUUAUUGAUUGUUCUUCCUCAAAUCUGCAAUCUCCCUCCCUUACUUUCUCUCUUAUAGAUCUAUCUCAAGGGAAUGGCAGAUGAUUUCGUCAAGGCCGUCGAUGAUGGCCUCAGGCUGUCCAAGCGAAUUUACUUCGGCAAGGAUCGAUCCGUCGCACCGCCCAAACCCAUGUCGGCUAUGGAUAAGUCGUCCUUUUCUCUUCUUCCCCCCGCGCCUAUGGUCUAUGCCAUUAUUUCGGAUCCCGCCAUCGUUGAUAAUCCAGAUAUUCCGAGUUACCAGCCUCACGUACAUGGCCGCUGUGAUCCGCCCGCUCUUAUUCCUCUCCAGAUGAAUGGAAUCGAGCUCGAGGCUAAUUGCUACCUCGAUACAGCAAUUGUAACCGUUACAGGUUCCUGGAGAGUCCAUUGCGUCAUGGGUAGCCGUUGUUGUGAUUGUCGUGUCGCCAUUCCUAUGGGUGAAGAGGGUUCAAUUCUAGGUAUUGAGGUUGAUGUACCCAGAAACUCAUAUUGUACCAAGUUGACAGCCAUGGAAGAUGGGAAGGAUGCAGAGAAGGUCGCCAACGCAGAAAAUGGAAGCUUUCUGAAAUCCCACAUUUUUACUUUCACAGUCCCACUGGUCGAUGGGGGAUCCAAUAUUUCCCUUAAAGUUUGUUGGUUACAGAAGUUGCCGUUCUGUGACGGUCAAUUCUCCUUGUGUUUUCCAUUUAGCUUUCCCGAGUAUGUCACUCCUGCUGGGAAGAAAGUCUCCAAGAAAGAAAAGAUAGAACUGUAUGUUGAUGCUGGUCCUGAAGCUGAAGUCUUGUGCAAGAUGACGAGUCAUCCCCUUAAGGAGCGGAGACGGCAAGCUGGGAAAUUGUACUUUGUGCAUGAAGCAGAUGUUCUUUCAUGGUCGAGCAAUGAUUUUCUCUUUUCAUAUGCUGUUUCUUCAUCUCGUGUUUAUGGUAGUGUAUUCUUGUAUUCCCCACCCAGACUUGAUCCUGAUCAAAGAAACAUGUUUUCAUUCUAUCUUUUACCAGGAAGCGACUCAAGGCAAAAGGUUUUUCGAAAGGAAGUGAUUUUUGCUGUUGAUAUAAGUGGGAGUAUGAGGGGAAAACUGCUUGAUGACGUUAAGAGUGCUCUUUGUGCAUCACUCUUAGAUCUUGAUCCAGAAGACUCUUUCAACAUUAUAGCAUUCAACGCUGAAACUUAUCUGUUUUCACCAAAAAUGGAAAAGGCAAAUAUGGAAGUCAUUGAAAAUGCCACACAGUGGAUCAACAUGAAUUUUAUUGUAGGGGAUGGUACAAAUAUAUCACAUUCCAUAAAUCAGGCAUUAGAGAUUUUAUCAAACACCCAUAAUUCGAUUCCUAUGAUAUUUCUGGUAACCGAUGGGGCUGUUGAGGACGAGAGAAAAAUUUGUGACUAUGUAAAAAGCCAGCUGACAAAUCGAGGCUCAAUAUGUCCACGGAUUUAUACUUUUGGCAUAGGGAUGUACUGCAACCAUUAUUUCUUGCGAAUGCUUGCAACGAUUGGAAGGGGUGAGCACGAUGCAGCAUAUGAUGCAGACUCAGUUGAUGUUCAAAUGAAAGCCUUUUUCGUUAGAGCCUCAUCCACAAUUCUCGCAAAUGUUACCAUUGACGACCUGGAUGGCCUGGAUGAUCUCGAGGUACAUCCUUCACGAAUUCCGGAUCUUUUGUCUCAGAGACCGUUGAUUGUUUCUGGCAGAUAUAAAGGAACUUUUCCUCUAGCCUUGAAAGCUAGAGGAGUUUUUCCAGAUAUGAGCGAUUUUACAUUGGAUCUGACAAUUCAUCAGUCCACCGAUAUUCCUUUUGAGAAGAUCCUUGGGAAGCGGCAGAUUGAUCUCCUAACCGCUCAGGCCUGGUUUUCAGAAAAUAAGGAACUUGAAGAAACGGUUGCUAAAAUUAGUGUACAGAGUGGUUGUCAAUCGGAGUUUACGAGUCUAGUAUUGUUUGAGAUGGUUAAAGUUCCAGAAACUACGGGGAAAAAGAAGAAGGAAAAAGCAGCAAAGUCUGAAGUAGAGAAGAUGACGUUACUUCUGAGAAGCCUUGGUGUGGGUUUUGGUAGCUUGACGGCAACAGUGGAAAACAGAAGGCCGGGGAUAGAGGAAGAUAGACUUCCGGAAGCAGCAGAGAUGUUGAUGAAAGCAGCAUGCAACUGUUGCGGAAAGAUUUGCAACCGUAUAUGUUGCAUGUGCUGCAUUCAAGCUUGCUCACAAGUUAAUAACCAGUGUGCGAUUGUCCUCACUCAAUUUUGUGGGGCCAUCGCCUGCCUCGGUUGCUUCUCCUGUUGUGAAUUAUGCUGUGGCGACGAUUGAUCGAUUGAUUCAUAUUUAUCUAUAUAUAUUAUAUAUGAUCAAACCAAACUGAUGUUUGAAACAUCUCAUUCAUUCACAUUGUUUAUGAUAAUAUAUGAUAUAUACACCCCCACACGUAAAACAGCAACCGCAACUGGUGGUCUUGUUGCUUGUUUUUUUAUUAUGUAUAAAAUCAUCUGUCUGUGUCCCCUUAUUAGAGAAGUGGUGUACAAAACAUGAGAUGUGAAUUUGGGGGACUGAGAUUCAAUAAUGUUGUUUGC